UUUUUCUCAGUCCUCUCCGCCUCUCUGCCAGAGUCACAGUGUCCUCACGGCGGCACGCCGGCAUAAACUCCGUCCUCACCCCUAACGCCGGCCGCCUCUCUCGCGGAAACUCUCUCUCUCUCUCGGUUCAAUUUCUUAGAUGUUAGAGUUUGGUUCAACAAUUCAACGUUCAUUCUAAGAGUGCAAAUCAAAAUGAUUGUUGAUUCCCGGAGAUUUUAACUUCUUCCUCGGAGUUGAGUUCAAUAAAGGAAUGCCCUUUAACGCCAGUGCCUCCAAGCAUCUCAGCUCAAGGCUCUCUCCAAACCCAUGUAAGUUUUUCUGCCACUUCAACCUCAUUCCUCCUUGCUUUUCAUCACUUCCCCAGCCUUCGGAACCCGAAAAGGACGAAACUUUAAUUCAAGAUUCCCCGAAAUCAGAUUGUUAUGGAACUAGAAGAGAACCCCCAAUCGCUGAUAAGCUGUUUAAACUUGCCCCCAACUCGGGCUCUUACAAACAGGGUGACUCCACGUUUUAUUCGCUCAUAGAAAAUUAUGCCAAUUCCGGGGACUUCAGGUCUCUGGAGAAGGUUUUUGAUAGGAUGAAACGUGAGAAGAGAGUGUUUGUGGAGAAGAGUUUUAUUCUAGUGUUUAGGGCUUAUGGGAAAGCUCGUUUGCCUGAUAAAGCUGUUGAACUUUUUGAAAGAAUGGUGGAUGAGUUUCAGUGUAGACGAACCGUUAGGUCGUUUAAUUCAGUUCUUAAUGUGAUAAUACAAUCGGGUUUAUAUCACCGAGCAUUAAAGUUUUACUCCGAUGUUGUUGAUAGGAGGGGCGUCAAGCCAAAUGUAUUGACUUUUAACCUGAUUGUUAAAGCAAUGUGUAAGGUAGGGAUGGUAGAUAGCGCGGUGGAGGUGUUCAGGGAAAUGCCCGAGUGGGAAUGCAAGCCGGAUGUGUAUACGUAUUGCACAUUGAUGGAUGGGUUGUGUAAGGACGAUAGGAUCGAUGAGGCCGUGACUUUGUUGGAUGAAAUGCAGGUAGAGGGAUGUUUUCCUAUUCCGGUGACUUUUAAUGUUUUGAUUAACGGGCUUUGCAAGAAGGGUGAUUUGGGUCGAGCUUCAAAGCUUGUAGAAAAUAUGUUUCUUAAAGGUUGCGUUCCUAAUGAAGUGACUUAUAACACGCUUAUUCAUGGUUUGUGUCUUAAAGGGAAGUUGGAUAAGGCGAUUAGUUUGUUGCAUAGAAUGGUGUUGAAUAAACACGUUCCUAAUGAUAUAACGUAUGGAACUAUCAUCAACGGUCUUGUCAAGCAAGGAAGAGCGGUUGAUGGCGCGUGUAUAUUUAGGGCAAUGGAGGAAAGAGGACAUCGAGCAAAUGAAUAUGUUUACUCUUCGCUAAUUAGCGGGUUGUUCAAGGAGGGAAAACCCGAGGAGGCGUUAAAAUUGUGGAACGAAAUGAUAGAGAAGGGAAGCAAGCCAAAUACAAUCGUGUAUUCCGCUCUUAUAGAUGGCUUGUGUCGGGAAGGCAGACCCGAUGAAGCCCGGGAGAUUCUAUUGCGGAUGAUUAAUAUGGAUUGCACUCCAAAUGCUUGGACUUACAGCUCUCUGAUGAAGGGUUUUUUUAAAACCGGUAAAACCAACGAGGCGAUAUUGGCGUGGAAAGAUAUGGUGGAUCGGAAUAUUUUACCUAACGAAGUUUGCUAUAGUGUACUCAUCCACGGACUUUGUGGAGACGGGAAAGUGAAAGAGGCUAUGAUGGUGUGGAAGCAAAUGAUUACUAAUGGUUGGAACCCCGACGUUGUGGCAUACACUUCGAUGAUUUAUGGCCUCUGCAAUGCCGGGUCGGUGGAACAGGGACUAAAAUUUUUCCACGAGAUGUUAUGUAAGGAAUCUAAUAGUCAACCUGACGUAAUAACGUAUAACAUACUUCUUAACGCUUUGUGCAAGCAGGAUAGGAUUUCCCGUGCCAUAGAUCUUUUAAAUAACAUGCUAGAUCAAGGCUGUGACCCCAAUUUGGUUACAUGUAACAUUUUCUUGACAAUUUUGAACGAGAAGUUGAACCCACCCCAAAGUGGGGGAGAAUUUUUGGAUGAGCUCGUGCUACGACUGCUCAAGCGACAGAGAAUUCUCGGAGCAUCGAAUAUUAUCGAAGUGAUGCUUCGGAAAGCUUUGUACCCUAAAUUAUCAACUUGGGAAAAAAUCGUCCGAGAGCUGUGCAAACCUAAGAAGGUUCAAGUUGCCAUCAACAAGUGUUGGAACGACCUAUUCCUGUGACUCUAUCGACUCAAAGAGUUUAUCUUUUGAAGGGAAAAAAGCACUUUCAACCUCAAGCUUUUAGCUGUUUGGCUCUGGCAAGCGGGUGCUCUGCUAACAAGGAAGUAAAGGACUGCAUUCUUAGAGGACCGAAAUGUGAAAGCUGCUGUCGGGUUUCGAAAUGUUAUAUCAAUCUCCUUUCCAGAUUCCUCUGAGAAGAAACUGGUUGCUUUGCUGAUCACAACUGCUUUCUUGGUAAGUAUCAUUUUUGGCGCCAAACAUGAGGCCAGCAGCCAUGAUGCAUAUUUGCUCGAGCAUGCAGUCAUCGGGGAUUGAGUUGAUUCGAAGACGCAUUCACUCCCCGCUAAAACAUAACAUUGUUCUGUUGUGGAUCGGGGCUUGCUUGCUUACGGCUUUCCAUCGAAUCUAAAACCAACUGACAGACAUUAGAUGAGAAUGCAUAUCGAGGACGGGGAGAGUGUUGGUCGAAUUUUGGUUGCUUAGAUAAAACUGUAAGAGCCUUUGUGUUCAGUUCAGAAAAACUGAAAUGACUGGAAACAUUAGGGGGAGGGAACAGUGAGUAAUUUGCAUCCUCUCAACAACUCUGGAGGGGAGGGUGCUGCAAACUAUGCAAGUAUACACACAAAUAUGGCAAAUUUUUAUGU